AUGGGUCUGGGUUUUAGUUGUCUUGGUUUUAGUGCAGUGCCUUGGAUAACUUCUACUGUUAUUUCAUGUUUUUCUGCUGCCGCUUGUAAUUUAGGUUGUAAAUCAUGCAACUGUAAUAAUUCUAUAGCCACAAGAGUUGGAUAUGCUAUUAUAUUUUUAAUAAAUUCAAUGCUUGCGUGGCUAAUGUUAUCAGAUUGGGCGAUUAAACAUCUAGAAAAAAUAACACAUCUACACCUGAGUUGUCCUGAAGGAACUUGUUAUGGUGUUCUUGCCGUACAUCGUGUUUGUUUUGCACUUUCGCUUUUUCAUUUAAUUAUAGGAUUAUUAGUAAUCAAAGUUAAUAGCACUCGUGAUAAAAGAGCAUCUAUUCAGAAUGGGUGGUGGGGACCAAAAGUAAUAUUUUGGAUAUUUCUUCUAGUUAUUAGUUUUUUUAUUCCAAAUGAAUUUUUUGUGUUUUGGAGUAGUUCCGUUUCGUUGAUUGGAGCUGCAAUUUUUAUUCUUGUUGGUUUGAUAAUCUUGGUAGAUUUUGUGCAUAGCUGGAGUGAAAGUUGUAUUGAAAAAUGGCAAGAAGAAGACAAAGAAUUGUGGAAAUAUAUACUUAUUGGAUCAACGCUUUUCUUUUUUAUUGCUUCAAUUGUUCUCACUGGCAUCAUGUACAAAUUUUUUGGAGGAUCGGGAUGUCACACCAACCAAUUUUUUAUAACAUUUAAUUUAAUUUUGUGUGUUAUUGGUACAAUUCUAUCUAUUCACCCUAUAAUUCAAGAAAAAAAUUCUCGCUCAGGUCUUUCACAAUCAUCAAUGGUGGUUUUUUAUUGCACAUAUCUCAUUUUAAGUGCAGUAGUCAAUGAACCUCAUGACGAUAAUGAUGGUAAUAACAUUAGCGGCAGUGAUUAUGAUGACAAUUCACCUGUUUGUAAUCCUUUAUUGAAGACGGCCAACAGUGCAAGAACCACUACUGUGAUUAUUGGAGCUUUUUUCACUUUUAUAGCAGUCGCUUAUUCCACAUCAAGAGCAGCUACAGACAUCAAUUCAUUUAUUACUAAAUCAGACUAUCAUCCUAUUAAUACUGCAACUGCUGUGCCAUUAACGACCAACCAGUCAAAUGGUAACAUGCGAUCUGAUUCACUGCUGGCUGCUGUCGAAAGCGGAAUGGUGUUACUUACAACUACACACUUUUUAAUUUCAUUUUUGCCAUAG